GAAAAACAGACGAUCAGAUUCAGCUUCAGACCAAACUAACAGCUUCCUCUGAGAGAGUCCAGCUACAACACUGCUGCUUCCACCUGCUGAUACUCCACACACUGAAGCUUCUCUCAGGGACUAAAUGGCUUCCAGAUCAGAGGAGGAUCUCUGCUGUCCGGUCUGUCAUGAGGUCUUUAGAGAUCCUGUUGUUCUGUCCUGCAGCCACAGCUUCUGUAAAGACUGUCUGCAGAGCUGGUGGAGAGAGAAACAAGAUCGACUGUGUCCAGUUUGUAAGAGAAGAUCUUCAAAGAAUGAUCCACCUUGUAACCUGGUGUUGAAGAACCUGUGUGAGGCCUUCUUACAGGAGAGAGAGCAGAGAUCUUCAGAGGCUCUCUGCAGUCUGCACUCUGAGAAACUCAAACUCUUCUGUCUGGACCAUCAGCAGCCAGUGUGUCUCGUCUGCCUGCAUUCAGAAACACACACCAACCACAAAUUCAGACCCAUCGAUGAAGUUGCUCCACAACACAAGAAGAAGCUUCAGGAAACUCUGGAGCCCUUAAAGAAAAAGUUAAAUGAUCUUAAACAAGUUAAAGUGAAGUUUGAUCAAACAGCAGAACACAUUAAGGUCCAGGCCCGACACACAGAGACGCAGAUUAAGGAGCAGUUUAAGAAGCUUCACCAGUUUCUAGAAGAGGAAGAGGAGGCCAGGAUGGCUGCACUGAGGGAGGAAGAGGAGCAGAAGAGUCAGGUGAUGAAGGAGAAGAUGGAGGCUCUGAGCAGAGAGAUAGCAGCUCUUUCAGACACAGUCAGAGCCACAGAGGACGAGCUGAGAGCUGAAGACGUCUCAUUCCUGCUCAGCUACAAGGCUGCAGUGGACAGAGUCCAGCAGCGCCCCCUGCUGGAGGAUCACCAGCUGGGCUCAGGAGCUCUGAUAGACCAGGCCAAACACCUGGGCAACCUGCCCUUCAACAUCUGGAACAAGAUGAAGGACGUGGUCUCCUACAGUCCUGUGGUUCUGGACCCAAACUCUGCUCAUCCAGAACUCAUCCUGUCUGAAGAUCUGACCAGUGUGAGACGAGGAGAGAGUCAGAAGCUUCCUGACAAUCCAGAGAGGUUUAGUUCUUACUGCUCUGUCCUGGGCUCUGAGGGUUUUAACUCAGGGACUCACAGCUGGGACGUCGAGGUUGGAGACAAUACAUACUGGAUACUGGGUGUGUUAGAAGAGUCUGUCCAGAGGAAGGGAAAUAUACGGUCUGGAUUAUGGAGUAUAAGGUUCACUGUAGGUAAAUACUCAGCACAGUCACCACCAGCUUCAUCCAUUGUUCUCUCAGUGAAGAAGAAGCUCCAGAGGAUCAGAGUGAAUCUGGACUGGAACAGAGGAAAACUGUCGUUCUCUGAUCCUGAUACUGACACACACAUACACACCUUCACACACACUUUCACUCACAAGAUGUUUCCAUUCAUUCACACUCUUGUUAACCUCCCAGUGAAGGUGUUACCACUGAAGGUCUCUGUGACAGUGGGACGGAGCAGUUAGAGGUAAAGAGGAUGAUUAUAUUGAUCAUGUCUCUUAAAGGGAAAAGUCAGUGACUUGAACCUGUUAAACUGCACCUGUCCUCCUGCUCUCCUUGUUCCAAACACUCCUUUGCUUUUCUUUUACUUUCACCUCUGUUAAUAAUCUAGUAAUAACAACCACUAUGAUAAUAAUAAUGAUGAUCUGUUCUGUGUCACUAAGUGUGCUGGUGUUUCAAAAUAAAAGCUUCUGAUAAAACA